UCACGGGACACGGGUGUAGCGUGAGCGCGGCUCCGGCUGUGGCCACGACUUUUCCCUGGGGCGCGAAGGAAGCGAGGUCCGUAGGUGGAACACAAGCACGUCCGUGCAGCCGAGGCUCGCGGGGCAGCAGUCCGCAGGAUAAACAGUUGGCUUCAGCCCGCGGAGCUCCGGCAGCACAAAGUUCACACUGAAAUGUAGAAAUAACUGAUGACAAGGGCAGGCUGCUGCUUUUCUCUGUUCAUUGUGCCUCUUAAUGAGACUUACCCGGGCCAGCUAUCGUGGCCUGCCAGCAGGGAGGGCCGGCACAAAGCCCCCCAUUGUCGCCCCCCCUGCUCCCUCCAGCCGCCUCGCAAGGUGAGCAGGAAGAGCGGUUUUAUGCACUGACAGCAUCUCUCGGCAGCCGGGGGUUUCACCCCCCUCUUUCCACCUCCUCUCCCCAGGUGGCAGCUCUAGGGUUUCACCCUCCCCGUAGCUCCGAGCCCAGGAGCUCCUGGCCGGGAGGCCCUUUGGGCGCAGGGGACGCGUAUUUACGCCUCGUGGAUGCACGCGUCGGUUUCCCGGGCGCGCCUGGAGCUGGGAUCAUGCGCAGCGUGCGUGCUGGGAGGCAGAGCUGCGGGAGCGAGGGCCUCGUCUGAAGUGAGGAUGGAGGGCAGGAGCGGCACCGACCGUGCUCUCUCUGCAGACAGGAGGGCCGCAGCGCGCUUCACAGCUCCAUCCAGGACCUUCUGGAUCAUCUUGUCCGUUGCCUUGUUUUUUGCAGCUGUUGGCAUCAGCAUUGUGGGGGUUCUCGGCUUCUCCCCCAGCUCUGCCCAGGCUGGCUCUCAGCUCAUCCGGCUAACGCUCCAGGGCCAGCCAGACCCGCUGAGGAACCAGACAGCCUUAGUGGACGAGUCCAGGAGCACCGUGACCUACUACGUAACCUCACAGAGCAACCGCAGCGCCGUGGUGCUGUACGACAGCAGGAACGGCUACGUGUGCUACAAACCUGUGGAGCGGCGUGCGUGCUACCUGCGGAGGAUGGAUGCCUGGGACCUCCAAGCCCUAAAGACACCACUCAACGCAUCUGAGCAGAGAGCUGAUCAGAUGCUACGGCAGGACAACCAGACCAAGUACUACCGGGAGUUCCUGGGCAUUCUGGCAGGGGAAGAGGUGGACCCCAAAAGCCUGGGGGAGGCUGUCCAGACCCUGUGUGAGCAGACAUCCAUCUUCUGGGUCAGGAGAGGGGAGGGUCCGGGGAAGCAGCGGCUCAUCUACCUUUGCAUUGACAUCUGUUUUCCAAGCAACGUUUGUGUGUCUAUCUGUUUCUAUUACCUCCCCGAGUAAGCCCCGCAACCGCGGAUGCCCUCUCGCUGCUCUACAUACUUGAACUGGGUUCCUGAAAAGCCUCUGAUUUCAACAAGGAAGGUAACACCUACAGUAUCGCCCAAACGCUUCCUGCUGAUUUCAUGCUGCAGCUCAGGAGCGUUUAGAAAAAUAACAGGACUCUGCUCAGCACUGUCAGUACAGACACUUUAUUUGCAGCUGUGCUCCAGGGCUGCAUCUUGUAGGUAGUAGGAGAUCCAGGCCUAGAGGAAUCACGUGGAGUAGCUAGUGUUUUAUGGCUACAUGUCCUGUUCAACACAAGGUUAUUAAAUUUGUUGGGGAAGGGUUGGCUUUAUAGGAGCGCAGCUCUCCAAGCAAGUCUGAAAUACACUUCGAAUAAAGGGACUGCAAAACAAGAAAACAGCUGCCUCUCCUCUCUUUGCUCAGCCUCUUCCAUCAUUUAGAAAGGCUGAUUUUUUUUUUUUUCCACUCUGGGGUACAAGAACAUCACCGAGCUGUCAGCAGCUGAUGCCACAGGGAUUCCUCCAGCUGAACCGUACCCAGCUCCCCUCAGUG